CUUGGGUGACCUUUGGGGACCUUCCUGUGACCCUUGGGGACCCUCACGUGACCUUUGGGGACCCUCGUGUGCCCCCCCCCCGUGCCCGGGGGUGGGCGUGGCCCCGCGCUCGCCCCGCCCCUUUGCACACGCAGGGGGCGGGGCCACGCAUCUCAUUAACAUACGGAGCCCCGCCCCCGGCGGCUGAGGGCGGGAAGGGGCGCUGAGGGCAGCCGUGCGCUGAUUGGCCGAGCCGCGCUGGCGGGAACAGCGCUGAGGAGGGGGGCUCUGCUCUGAUUGGCUGAGACAUUCCCGCCCACCGCUGUGGGGGGACCAGCGCUGAGGGAAGCCGUGCGCUGAUUGGCCGAGCCGCCGCGGCGGGAGCGGCGCCGAGGGUGAGCAGCGCCGUGAUUGGCUGAGCGCAGCCGAGGCGCGCAGCCCAUUGGCCGCGCAGCUCCGGCCCCGCUGCCAUGGCGGCGGCUCUGGAGCGGGCGCUGGGCCCGGCGGCACCGGGGGAAGGCUCGGAGGCGGCGCUGCCGCCGCUGCCGGUGCUGGUGCUGGGCCCGGCGGGCUCGGGCCGCACCUCGCUGCUGCUGCGGGCGGCGCUGGCAGGCGGCGCGGACGGGCCCCGAGCGCUGUUCCUGGCGCCCAGCGCCAUCCCGAGGCUCCCGGGAGGAGCCGCCACCGACCCGCGGGCGCUGCAGCGCCUGGAGCUGCGCUACCCCUGCAGCCGCUCGUCGCUGUGUCGCGAGCUGGUGUGGCAUCUGUCGCUGUCCCCUCACCCCCCGGCGCUGCUGCUCCUGGACGGGCUGGAGCGUUACCUGGGGGGGUCCCCGGCCGCCCCCGCCCGCCUGGCCGCGCUGCUGCUGCAGCUGUGCCGCGUCCCCCGCUGUCCCCCGCGGGUCCCCCCGCAGCUGGUGGCCGCCCUGCGCCUGCCCCCGCCCGGCCCGCACGUCCUGGGGACGCUGCUCCGCUUCUUCCCGGCGCGGUGUCACCUGCGGCCGGCCCGCGGGGACAGCCCCGGACACGCGCGGGUGACGCUGCGCUGCCCCGGGACAGCCGGGAGGAGGUGGCGGCUGCGCCUCGGGGACAGCGGAGGGGACAGCCCUGGGGACAGCGCUGGGGACAGCCCUGGGGACAGCCCUGGGGACAGCCCUGGCGACAGCGGAGGGGACAGCGGCUCCGAGGAGGAGUGGGAGUGACACGGACCCGAUGGGGACACGGACCCGAUGGGGACACGGACACGAUGUCACCACCCCCCCGCGGGGACAUGGACCCGAUGGGGACACGGACACGGUGCCACCACCCCACGGGGACACGGACACGAUGUCACCACCCCCCGACGGGGACACGGACACGAUGGGGACACGGACACGGUGCCACCACCCCACGGGGACACGGACACGAUGUCACCACCCCCCGACGGGGACACGGACACGAUGGGGACACGGACACGAUGGGGACACGGACCCGGUGCCACCACCCCCACAGGGACAUGGAUCCGAUGUCACCACCCCCCCGCGGGUGCCAGGGACGUGGCGGGUGACACGGAGCUGGGAGGGGUGACAGUGACACGGUGCCGGGAGGGGUGACAGUGACACGGAGCUGGGGAGGGGUGACAUGACACGGUGCCGGGAGGGGUGACAGUGACACGGUGCCAGGUGUCCCCACCCGGGCCCGUCUGGGGGCUCCUGAUAAGCGUUAUCAGCCCCUCCCCCCCCGCCCAGCCCGCCUGUGCCACCCCUCCAGGGCCCCAAUGUCCCCAAAGUGUCCCCAGGCUCCUGUCCCAGUGCUCCCAGUGCCCUCCCAGUGCCCUCCCAGUGUCCCCAGUGUCCCCAAAGUGUCCCCAGGCUCCUGUCCCAGUGCUCCCAGUGCCCUCCCAGUGUCCCCAGUGUCCCCAAAGUGUCCCCAGGCUCCUGUCCCAGUGCUCCCAGUGCCCUCCCAGUGUCCCCAGUGUCCCCACA